AUAACAGAGCAACAUAAACAGGAGUUGAAAACAACUUUUGGUCACAAGACAAUUGGAACAUUGGGUGGAUAUUGUCUACUGAUAGGUAACAUGACAGGUCCAGGAAUGGUUGGAAUCGCACUCCAAAUGCAAGAAGGAGGUUGGUUCUUGUCUGUCUUGUCCUUCUUUAUUAUUAUGCUCACAAGUACAUUCGCAGCCUUGUUCCUCGCUGAGGCAAUGGCGACCAUUCCUUACAACUCCAGAUUUCAAAUGCGUGUAGAAUUUAGUAUGUUAGUUCGCUUCUACUUUGGUAAAUGGGGAUACCUGUUUGCUCAGGUGUUCAUUAAUGUUGCCCUGCAGGCAACCAAUGUAGCCUCGAUCAUUGUUUGUGCCCAGGUGUUGGACUCGAUGUUCAUCUAUCUGUUUGGCAAGACAUGUGGACUGGAGCUGUAUCCACAGGCCUUCCAUUGGACCUGUGCCGACAAGCUGACGCAGAGCAGCUCACCCUUUACCGACAUGUAUAUGUUAUUCACGUUUGGCUAUCUCGUCGUGCUGGUGGUCAUCAUCCCACUUGGAUUCCUCAACCUGGACGACAACAUCAUUGUUCAGAUCGGUGCUUUCAUCAUGAUGCUGGUCAUCACUAGCAGCUGGGUGGUCAUGUUCUGCAUGCAUGGCCUCGAGGCCUCCAAUCUACCAAUGUUUGGCUCAGGGUCUGGUAUAGCAAAGAUCAUGGGCAAUGUAAUGUUCAACUAUGCGUAUAUAACAACAGUUCCAAGUUGGGUCAAUGAAGCUAAACCAUCUGUAAAGAUAAGCAAGACAGUUUGGGGCGCAGUGUCAACGGCCACCGUUGUAUUCUUGGCCAUUGGAAUAUUGGGCAGUUUGUCAUUCGGCCAUAUGAGCCCGGGAUCAGACAUCCUGAGCGUCAUUAACAGCUCACCGGAAGCCAACGCCUUCUCCAAGGUGUGUGUAUAUCUAUUCCCAUUCAUCGUCCUGGCUUCGUCGAUCCCCGUGUUCUCCAUCAUUGUGCGUUACAACCUCAUGCAGAACAAUCUGCUGCCAAAGGCUGUGGCCAACUUCAUUGCCGUGAUCCUGCCCUGGAUCAUCGUGAUCCCCUUCAUGACUGGCAACGGACUGAACACCAUCUCACAGUGGUCCAGCAUUAUCUUCAGCUCUAUCGCCAACUUUGUCAUCCCCAUGAUCAUCUAUCUCAAGUCGCUGAAAUUCAGGAAGGCUCACCGCAAGAUGACACAGGAGCAGCGCGACAUUCUAAAGACACUGAUGGUCGAGUCGGUGGACUGGGAGGAGAACAUGCAUCAGCUGUCCAAGGAGGCCGACCAAUCAAUGUACCGCGCCGCCAAGAUCUUCUCCAUCCGUCUGUGCAAGUAUAUCGCCACGACUGCGCUCUCAUUGCUGGUCGUGCUGAUACCCUUGGUAAUUGUAACGACUAUUAUUUAUGGC